AUGAACAAACUCACAAUCCUCCUCGCACUCUCUGUCCUCUUUGUCGGCAUCACUGGUUUUCCCUCAACAGUCACCAACGAAACGAUAAUUGCACGCAAAGAUUCCCAAGAGUGCAAGAAAAAUGGAACCUACUGCUCCUCUCGACAAGAUUUCUUUUCUGGGGACGACUGCCCUGGUAGCCCUAGCCGUUUUUUAGUCCAUUGUGCGCUUUGGGGACACUAUUCUACCUACCAGGAGUGCUAUUCGGGUCCUUGUAUCGAAGGAGAGGAUAAGAACGGAUCAGAUGAUAAGUGUGCUCCGUCGUGA